CUAAGUUUCCUUUUGAUUUUCCAUAAUAUCCUUUCUUAUCUUUUUUUUUUUAAAUUAUUAUCUUUUCCUUUCCUUGCUACAAAGGAAGCUUAUAAAAUAAUUAUCUUUUAACAUAAGACAAAGUUUUUGAUUAAACCUUAUGCGGUGAUUAUAUUUUUAACACUAUAUCUCUCGGUUUUUUCUCCCGUCUAUCGUCACCCUUGACUUCUUCCUUCUGGUGAUAUAGACUUUCUUUCCUCCUUAUAUAUAGUAGUAUUUUGUGCUUUCUUCUCCUUUAACCUAUGUUCCUUUCCUUUUUUCUUUAAUCUCUCUCUUGCUUCCAUCAUGGCUCAUGAUUUGUGGGAUGACCUCCAAUACAUGGUUUUGGGUCGAGAUGACCCAGAACUGCUCAUACCUCAUACUGCUUAUGUUGGGGUUUUGGCUAGGAAUCGAAUAAGUUUGAUUGGCAAACCCCUUAACUUGAGCGAUCAACCGCUGAAGCCUGUGAUCCAGGAACUACCACGUCUAUGGGGCUUAACUACGAGAGUUCAUGGACGUAUAUUGGAUGAUAGUUUUGUCUAGUUUCGUUUUUAACUAGAAGAGGAUAUGGUUUCGGUGCUGAGACAACAACCAUGGUUGGUUAACGAUUUGUUUGUGGCGUUACAAAGGUGGGAAGACUUCCCAGGUGAGGAAUUUCUUACGUUUAUAGACCUCUGGGUUCAGUUACGUGGAAUUCCUUUGCCUUAUGUUUAUGAAAGGACGGUCAGAUACAUCGCCAACACUAUAGGGGAUGUUGUUGAACUUUAUUUCAAUGAAGACACUACACCUCAGAUUGCUUUUCUUAGAGUAAAAGUUCGAAUUAUCUUCACAGAUAGACUCUGUUUCUUUAGACGGGUUAGGUUUCAGUCUGGGGAGCGUGCUAUGGUGGGUUUAGAAUACGAAAAACUUAUAAAAAUUUGCAAAAACUGCAGCCGCAUAAACCACCAUUCUCGAUCUUGUCCUUUUCUGGUUCCUCCAGUGGCCCCUGUAGAGGAAGAUGAUGAACUUCUGGUUCCGGUGUGGGAGGAAGGACAACAUUCCCAUACUCCUAGUCGUGGAACGGAUAAGCAGAGUACAGAGAGCUCGGAUAUUUCAACGUAUUCUCCUAUCUCUCAACCUCCUCGUCACCCCUCUCCUUUACACAACGGCAUACAAGCAGUUGGGGAGCAGCCUGUACACAAUAUGUUUGCCACAAAUCCUAAGGGUAAACAGGAGUCUACGGGAUCCAACUUUGUAAGAGAUUCUCAUGUUAAUCACAGGUUUGAUGUUGGAGAGAGCUCUAAGAGAAAGAAAGGCAAACAAAUUGCUUCAGAGCAGGAGAGGAAUACUCGCCCUCGCAGAAAAGAUAUGGGAGUCAAGUUCUACACGGUACCCUCAGAACCUCCUUGACUCUCUUAUUUUGUUGAUAACCAUCAGAG